AUGAAAGUGCCACUGGUGCCGGCGUUAGGCGUGGCCGUGGUGACGCUCUUGGCGGUGUCCCUGGCACUAGCGUGGCGCCUCCAUCGUCUCACGCAGCUUCUCGUCGACCACCCUCGUGCAGUCGCUCAUGCGGUCGUGCCCCCUUCGACGCCCGCCACCACCCCUGGCUUUGCCUUGCCAGAAUGGCGCCAAACGUUCAAACGGGCAGAGUACACAUGUGUGGGGUGGCGCGACACUAGCAGUUGUGCUCUUGAUGCCCCCCCAGUGGACGAGUUGCCAUCCCACGAUUGUUUCGCCACUAUUUCCCCAGGAAGCCCAGGGUAUUGUGAAAUCCAACACAAACAAACUGGGGCCAUUCGAAGACUGUACACACAGUGCGACGGCAUUCGAGUGCCAUUUCGGUGCAUCCAAGCUGGGGACAUUUGGGAGUAUGCGGUGGACACAACGACGUACGUGUACUCCCACACCCCGUCCGUCCAGGCGCAAAACCUUCGCGGGUGGAACACAAUGCGAGGCAUCGUCAUGAGCUUAUACCCCCAAGCGCUAGCCAGUGGGUAUGCCGCCAUCCGACAGCUCCGAGCAGUGGGAUGCCUCCUUCCGAUUGAAAUUUGGAUCGUGCAAGAAGAAGUCGUGGCGAGCGACCCGGUGCUGCGCGCCCUAACCACAAACUUCAAUUGCAUGGUCCGAUAUGUCGAAGACCCGCUUGCGCGCAGAUUCUUUGUCAAGCCUUAUGCGAUUUACCACAGUGUAUUCGACCAGGUUUUGUUUCUCGAUGCAGACAACUUUGCCGUCCGCGACCCGACCUACUUGUUUUCCCUGCCGGAAUUUACUACCACAGGCGCCAUGUUUUGGCCAGACUACUGGCAGCCAAAUAACACACUCUUUGGGGUGCACGAGCGCAGUUUGCUAUGGGAAGUCCUCGGCGUACCCUUUAUCGAUAUGUUUGAACAGGAAUCGGGCCAACUCUUGAUCGACCGUCAGAAAAGUGCGACUCCGUUACGUGUCCUCAUGCGGAUGGCGUUUCGGCUGCCUCGAGUGAUCCACGACAUGGAUUUAAUAUGGGGGGACAAGGACCUAUUUCGACUUGCUUGGAUGCAAGCCCAUCGUCCGUUUCACAUGAUUCAAAAACCACCUGGCUCCGCUGGACUCAAGCACCACCAAUUCGACCUAUUUUGUGGCCAUAGCAUGGUCCAGCACGACCCCGACGGCCACAUUCUGUUUUUGCACCGCAAUACGUUUAAGUUGACGGGAGCUGUUCAAGCCCCCCUGCUCUGGGGGCAUAUUCAAGACUUUAACGGAGGUGUGGCGACCGUCGACUAUGUCGUUCGAUUUGCGCACGGUGGUGAAGCGUUCCAGAACUUUAGGUGUUUUGGGAAUGACACCAACUACAGCCCAGCGUUUGACGUGCGGUCGUUCUCGGAGUUUCCGUUUGCUUCGAUUGAAACGUCGUUGAAUGCCGUGUUACUUGUGGUAUUGGACGUUCGAUUUGUGGACAUCUUGCAGGUAUCGUUCAAGUGCCCUUCUCCCCCGCUCAACCACACGCACCCAGUACUACCAUCCACACCUUCAUUCCUUACUGUCAACUCCACUAUUGCUGGCGACGUGGUCUUGGCUGCUAUUGUGGCUCCUCCUUCUACGACGACGACGACAGCUUCGACCCCGCCACCCCUCGCAACUCCCCGAGUGGCGUACAUGCUCUACGCCACGGACGCCCGCACCGUAUGCAACGCCGUCAUAAUGUACACUUUGUACCUCCAAGAGGCAGGGGCCGUGGUCGUCCCCGUGGAGCCGUGGCAGCAGCCGCUGGUUCACAUCUCGGACGAAUACGCCAUGUCGCUGACCAAACUGCGCAUCUUUGAACAGCGGGGAUACGACAAAGUCGUCUACCUUGAUUCGGACGCGGUCAUUCAGCGCAACUUGGACCAUUUGUUUCAUCUGGGGGACGCCAUCUUGUGGGCCCCGCACGCGUAUUAUAUUGGCGAGCAGUAUGCAUUUGGCACGACGCUCCUCGUCGUCACGCCCUCCGACGCCGCGUUUGCCAAGUUGCAGCAUGCGCUAGAGACCCCCCCCCGACCAAACUACUACGACAUGGACGUGCUCAACGACCUGUGGCGACUCAGUUGCGGGUACCUCCCCAGCCACUACGUUGUGCUCACGCCAUCGCUGAACGAAGACCUCGUGUGGGCGUUCAAAGACAAACAAGAACGCAUCAACAAAACGUACGUGCAUCAUUACUCGAGGGGAAGCGACCUCGCCAAGCCGUGGCAUGUAUCAAAGUCGAUGCUAGAGACGCGAAACCCAGCCUUCCAUCCGCUUUUUUACGACCUGUUUUACCUCUAUUGGGUCCACGAAGACAAGUAUUGCAAGUGGAUUCAGUCGUAGUAGUUAGUAGUUGUGGUUAUGUUCAGGCUUCGUUGGCAGAAUCAAAACCAAGAUCUCAGUUGGAUGGUUCACUGAGUAAAUGUAGUCUAGUUUCCAAUACGCUG